CCCGGCGGGCAGUCCGGACCCCCCUCCCCGCUGCUUCCCCCGCCCCCGGAGCGGCGGCGGCGGCGGCGGGAGGAGGCGGUGCCGGGCGGCGGGAUGCAGUGCGAGGCCGGGCGGCGGGCGGGCGCGGCGGCGAGGGGCAGAGCCCGGCGGGCGGCGGGGCGGCCCCGCUCCCCGUGAAGAGGCGGCGCGGCAGGGCAGCGGCCGCCGCCAUGCAGCCGUUGCACCGGGCCCCGGCGUUGCUGCUGCUUCUGGCCGCCGGGACCUUGUGCCUCUGCCUCGCCUCCUCGGAGGAGCCAACCGCCGAUGGCCUCACGUCAACUUCCCUGCUGGACUUUGCCAUGAUGUCCCAGCUGGAGGCCACGAAUUCCCGUGAGCAAACCAGCGUGGAGGCCGCGGAGCCCGAUCUUGCUCCUGGCUCUCUGCACGCUGCCCCGGGAUCGGGCUUUGCCAGCGAGGAGAACGAGGAGUCCAAGAUCUUACAGCCUCCACAGUACUUCUGGGAAGAUGGGGGAGAGAUCAACGAGUCCAGCCUGGACUUGGGACCAGCAACAGAUUACAGCUUUCCAUCUGCAUCUCAGAAGGCCCUGCUGAAAGGGAAUGGGACACAGGUGAAAGACAACUGGGAAACAGCCACUGUCCAGCCGCCAGCAGAAUUUGUUGAGCCUGACUUGCACAGACCUUUCUCCAGCACGCUGGAGGAAGAGGAGGGGCUGCUCCCCAUAGACCACUCCAGGGGAGGAGUGGAAAAUCUCCAGACCUCCGGGCCUGAGGUUACAUCUGCUGAACCCGUGGGCCAAGAGGACUCCUCCUCCCUUCUGUUUUCCACAGCCUCUGCCAGGCCAGGUGUUGCGACUGAGGCAGCCGUAGGAGGGCAAGAAGAGGACUCUGUUCCUCCAGGCUCAGACCUUGGGAGCAGCAUGGGGCCGGGUCUUCUGCCUAUGUCCUCUAUUUUUUCUCCUACUGUUGCUGCAAGGUCUCCCAGUGUUUCAGAAGAGCCCUUUGAGGUGACAGCUGCGGACACGUGGGCUGUUGAGGGAGCAGAUUUGGAGCUGACUGUGACUACCACAAGAGCAGAACCUGUAGAGACCACAGUGGAGGCUGGUGGGGAAGAGCAUUCGGCCAGAGAGGAGGUCUUGGAGACUACGGUGUGGUGGGAGAUGCUGGAGCCCACAGCACUAACUGGAAUGGAGCAGACAGUGGAAACGCCUGUGGGGACACCCUUUCCUGGAGGCAGCUCCCCAGACACCCAGACUCUUUCUGGCAGUGAGCAGCACACGGCGACUUCUGCGUCUCCAUGGGACAGGGUUGACGAGCCUGCGCUGGAUCCCAUCUGGAAUGACACCGAGGCAGCCACGGAGACGGUGGCAGCAGAGCGGAGCUUGUCACCUCAGGCUGGGGACGCCCGCGUGGCCGUGCUGCCGACAGAGCUGCCCUGGGACUCAGCACAGGUGAUCUGCAAAGACUGGAGCAACCUUGCGGGGAAAAACUACAUCAUCCUGAAUAUGUCGGAUAACGUUGACUGUGAGGAGUUUCGGCUGGAGAGGGGUCCCCAGCUGUUGGCACUGGUGGAAGAUGCCUUCUCCAGACAGGCGGACGGGCUGCAGGACCGCUGGCUGAUCUCUCUGAGCAAACCCAAUGAGAACGACAAGCACUUGCUAAUGACACUGGCAGGGGAACAGGGUGUCAUCCCUACAAAAGAUGUUCUCAUGGCACUGGGGGAUGUUAAGAGGAGCUUAGCUGAGAUCGGCAUCCAGAAUUACUCAACCACAACAAGCUGCCAGUCGCACCCCAACCAGACACGCAGCGAUUACGGGAAACUCUUUGUGGUACUGGUGAUUAUCGGCUCCAUCUGCGCCAUCAUCAUUGUGCUGGGGCUCAUCUACAACUGCUGGCAGAGACGCCUGCCCAAGAUGAAGAAUGUGUCGCACGGCGAGGAGCUGCGCUUUGUUGAGAACGGCUGCCAUGACAACCCCACCUUGGACGUGGCCAGUGACAGCCAGUCGGAAAUGCAGGAGAAGAAGCCGAGCGUGAACGGUGGCAACACCAUCAAUGGCCCCGACAGCUGGGAUGUCCUGAUCAAUAAGCAGGCGAGCGAGGACGUGGAUGUAUUUGAGGAAGACACGCAUCUUUAGGAAAAGAAGAGAGGGAACCACCCCUUAAAUAUGCUUGUCUCUCUCCUAUCCUGACUGGUGGACCACGGGAUCAGGUGGCUUCUCAGGAACUUCUUAAAGGCUUGGGAUGGGUCAAGUCUUUGGGCAAGUUUUCCCACUAGAAGUCCUGAGCCCACGUCUGAGGCUUGGAACCAGGACAAUCGCUGGACCAGAGGGGAGCGGGAGGGGUGGGUGUGUAGGUCUCUGUGUGUGUGUUCCUAUCAGUAGCACCAAUGCUUUCAUCACCUUUAAAUGCACUUACUGUAGCUCUCUGGUAGUGGCUGGGCGUGAGGAGCAAGGCGGUGAGGCCAAGUCCGCCACCAAGAGUCCAGUUUUUUGGGGUAAAUUGACUUUGGGAGUCCAGCUGGAGCUACGGCGGCCAGAUUCUGACCUUGAGACCAUGUUCAGACCCUGCAGGUGCAGUAAAACCUGUCCAUUCUGGAUGGAGAGGAGCCAAGUCUCAGUUAAUGUCCUGAGCAGAGUUUGCAUUCCACCUGUGAAAACAUAUAUAUAUUUUUUUUCCUUUCUUUUUAGUGCUCUAGCACUCAACUGCUAAUUAGCCAGGCUGAUGUUUGCAUCUAAGGAAAACAUCCUGCUGUCAUCUCAUUUCCUCCCUCCAACUGCAAACAGCCCCAUUCCCUUUUUGAGCUCCACAGCUCAAAGCUGAGUUUGCAGAUUUUGAGCACUUUACCCUUGCUUGCCUGAUAGCAGUGCAUUCGGUGCCAUGGUGCAGCAUCUUAGCCGGAAAUUCGCUUUAGGUUGGAGAGUUGCUCAAAAAGGGCAUUUACCUGCCUCUUCAAUGCAACAGCCUGUGCAAUCAGCAGCAAAGUAUCUUUUGUCUGAAUCUGGUUUAGACUGGCAGGCCUUCUCCACUCGUGUUCCAUUUUCCAGGGUAGCUUGGUUUCAGUUGGCCUUUUUGACGUAAAUGUAAAGACCAUGUGAGACUUUUCAAACAGGGAGGAAAGUAAAAACUCAGAUAAUUUUCAGGUCCUUUUCAGCAUCCUGCCCUGAAGGGAGGGAAGUGUUUAAUGUCCCAUAGGUAUAAAUCGGGGUGACAUCUUUAAAAUCACUGCAUUUAAGCAAGUGUAAAAGCCGGUUCAGAUGAGAUGAGAAUCAGAUCUAAGAGCUCCCCAACGAACGUUUCUCAGGCAUGCCUCUGGCAACUUUGAGGCUGCAGCUCCCUAAGGAUGUGUGAUAAAAGGCACGUGAAUAUGCCUAAUCAUUCGCUAGCCCUGCCUAAACCCAGACUCGGAACUACUGUCAAGCCUGAAAUUCUAGAGCAUUUGUUUUUCCUGUCAUCAAGGGAUUGAGGGACUUGCUUCGGUCAGAGGCAACAGAAUUCCUCUCUGUUCGGUGAUCUGCGUGCUUGCUUACUGCGAGAUGCAGCUUCGCAUUUGGUCUUUAAGGGAACCUUUGUACAGAAAGACCCCAGAUACGCAGCCUGUAAAUCUAUCCCUGUACGUAUAGAUAUUUUUAGCAUGUUCAUCCUUAAUGUGAGUGCCUAAAGUCAAGGUACAAGAGUCUGUUGUUCCAUUUUGCAUAGCGCUUUGCAUACAGACUGAAUCGCGGGUCGCCUCAAUAUAGGAUCGUGUUGAUAUCAGUCUAUUAGUGGUUCAGGAAAGGUUUCAAGCCUUUGGUUUCCUAUCCAGAUUCGAGUUUUCAGUGGUUUUACCCUCCAUACCUUUCCCCAUGUUAUGUAGGAGAUGGUGACCAUCGUCUCCAUUUGUAUGUUGUUGGUAGGGCUGCAGAGAUGCUCAGAGGAGUUUCCCUCUCCUGCCCCAGCAGCUGAUGAUGGGGGACAGUCCCUGUACGUGGGCAGCCACGUGUGGCCCUUCUCUGGCCACCCCUCGCUGAGUCGGAUGGGUCUGUGCAGUGAAACUGCACGAGUUCCGUGCCUGUGUCCAUGGCACUUUGGGGCUCGCAAGAUUAAAUGCAAGUUGUUGUUAUGAUACAGUGAGUAAAUUAAAGCAUGGAGUUAAAAUUUGAGUUCAUAUAGCACUUAGCAUAGCGGGGCCUGGCAUGGCUGUGGCCUUUAGGCAGUUUCACUGUGUAAAUGUUUCUAAUUCCAAUAAUCCUCAUCAAAUAUGUUUUUAAUGCCCAGUGGCUAUUAAAAAUAUAAUGCCACCCAUCAGAUGUGAAUCAGUUCACCCACAAAACACUUCAUUGUACUUCAUUGCUGGGAGCUGCUUUGCUGCCCCAUUUUCUCUCCACUAAUUUAGAGAAACAGCAAGGUGCUGGUAGGGCAACGCUUCUGCCUGGGCUCAGCACCUCCCCACCUAGUGUGGAGUCUUCAAACGUUAGAGAAACCAAGGGGGCUGCGCAGGUUUAUUAAUAAGCUAGCAAGUUCUCUGAUUUACUUUUCUGGCCUCCUAUGGCCUGAAAGCUUUCCAGAGACUGUCUUGUACGUCUGGAACAUCCAGGCGAUAUUGACUGUGUCUAAGGGUGGCCGUCACGAGGCUGCGAACGAUUUUCUGCUGUCUCUGACAGGGUGCACCUGGCUGUAUGAUCUCGGUUUAGCUCCAGGAAUCUACUGGUUAAUAGCAUUUCAUUGUAGUCUGGUGAAACUUUUAAUACCUUUACCGUUUGUUUUUUCUCUGUAUCAUUUGUUUUGCACUAGGCUGAUCUUGUUAAGUCGAUUGCACUGUUGUCCCUCUCCCACCAGCCUGGCAGAGAUGGGUCGUGUCCGGGGACCUGCGGGCUGGGAGAGCUGUGGAGAGGCUGCCGAGAGCCCGUUUUACUCUCUUGUUCAGUGCUUGGGCUUCCAGCUCUGCAGAGGGAGGAUUUCAAGAGGAACAGAAACUUUUGUUGUACGAUUUGUAACGGGAAGCUUUUCUAUCACCUUAAUGUAGUUAAACUUCUUUUUAACAAAAAACUGUCAAAGCUGUUCUUCGCGGAGCGGUGUGCCAGGCGACGGAGCAGAUACGGGACACAAGGUGGGUCCUGGAAAACUCUUUUUCCACCUCUUAGGACUUCACUGUAAUUCCAUCUGCCAAACGUUUGAUCGCACUGACACCUGGUGGCUGCUGGGAGUUGGAGACGAAAAAUGAAGAAAAAAGGACUUUUCUAUCCCUCCCUCUCAGCUCUGGGUUUCCUGUGCCCUGCUUGGGAAUAUCACCUGCUUAAUUCAUGGAGGGCUGCUGGACUUGCCUGUGAGCAGAGGGCAUGUCAGGGAUGGUUUGUGCGAGGACAUCCCCAUCUGCAACGCAAUGAGACGGGAUGGUCCCUGGAGUCACUGCUCUAGAGGCCCCGGGUAGCAAUACAAGGUCUCAGCUCUAUCUGUUUUCUCCUCCACCUGCCCCCUUUCCUCCCGGGGAGCACGGACAGAAAGCAGAGGCUCUGGUUUGAAAUUGAGAUGGUUCUUCAAAGAGAGUAUAAGGCGCAAGGAGCUCUGUGCCCCAGGGAACGUGGCGAUGGUGUGGCUGAGAUCAGAGGGGCUCUCAGUCUCUGCAGGAUGGUGGCCAGAUGUGAUCUGAGAUGUCCAAGCUGCAAAUUACUCCUGAAUGUCUAGAACACCAUCUGUAACACAGAGUCCAACACAUGCUUAGGACUUUGCAUCCUGCAGACAGCCUCGUGGUAUGUGGGGUGUAAAGAAAGGACGAGAAGUGACCUGGUAACUGCUGUGGAGUACGGUGUGCUGGUUGAGAAUACAGUUUGAGAUCCCACCUCAAGGAUCCCACCAGGCAAAGGAUGUAGCAUCAAACAGAGGUACUUUUUUGUAUGGAUUACUGCAGUAUGGCCUGGGAGCAUCGCAGCAGGAUCCCACUGCACCCAGUGCUGUUGGCAGAUUGUCUGUUCCCGUCCGCCUUUGCAGGAGCACAUCUGUCCUUCACAGAGGGCUUGGGGCAGCUCCAACAGGCAGAGAUGACAACCACCUUCAUCCGUGCUGGCUCGCCAGAGCCUCAUGGGCUCAUCUGGGCUGCCAGCUGUUCUUGUCACCGCCCUUGUUCCUGCUGGACCUGAACUGGCUGCGGCUCGGCGCUGCUGCCCUAGAACACUUGGAAACACUUGUGUCUGGCCCUGGAAGCGACAGGGUUGUGGUUUUGUUUUCUUUGCAAUAAAACGCACCUCCUGGGUGUCUCAACACUGA